AUGCAUUUCCUUAUCCUCUCGCAAUUGCUGGUGCUGCUCUGGCUGCUUUACCUUCGGGCUACGAGAAUGCGGAAGUUGUGCAGCCUGCUCCACCUCCGAUCUCCUCUGAUGGUGGAGACCAGCAAGGAUACAACAACGAUGCUGGCUCUCAAGUCCCACCAGCACCUCCAGUUGCGACUCUGUAGCUCCUCCCACAGAUGCGGGAGCUACUCCACCACCACACCGCCUGCUCCAGCCAGCACCAGUAUCGACACUGGAGCAGCUCCACCUCCACCAUCAGCACCAACUGACACAGGAGCUGCAGUCCCACCACCCGCACCAGUUCCAGCUAGUGGCGAAAUGAGCAUGGGAAAUGGUGGUGGAUACCGUCGUCGCUUGGCUCGUGUUCAUCGCUUGCACUAA